UCAUAGUUCCCUUAUCAGACCGUAGAGCCCAGCAAUCUCUCCACAGGUUGAUUCAUGAAACAUGAACAAACACCCACUAGCCUAAAGAAGAAGCAAGCUAAGCAACAACAUUGAGGUCAAAGCAAACAAUGACGUUGUGUAGUGGCUCCCAGCUAGUGGUUGUUGCAGGAAACAUUAUGAAGAGUCAAUGCUGGGCUGCGUCAGGAGUGAAACAUCGCAUUGCACUACAACGAUGCUACGGAAACAUUGUGAAGGACAACAGCUGGACAAGUAAAGACGACGAACCAUGGCAACGCAAAUACUACAAAUAUUUCCUUCCAAUUCAGACAAGAUGGUCGGACAAUGAUCAGUAUGGACAUGUUAACAAUGUGGUUUAUUACUCGUAUUUUGACAGCAUUAUUAACCACUACCUCGUUAACCAUGCCAGUCUCAACACAGACGUGAAAACAUCAAGCUUUGUCGGUUACAUGGUCGACACCAAAUGUGUUUACAGGAGCCCCAUCAGCUUCCCCGAGGUUGCACUCGCUGGAUUGUCCGUCACCCACAUCGGUCGGUCUAGCGUCCAUUAUGCGGUCGCUAUUUUUCCUGAAGAAGCAAAAGUGAUCGAUCAACUUCCUUCCAGUAGUCAGCAUGUUACUGGAGGGUUAUAUAAAGAGGAAAGCAACUCUGCAAGUCACUCACAGACUGCUUGUGCCAUCGGACAUUGCGUCCAUGUUUUUGUGGAUGCCGCGACGAACCGGCCAGUUUCUCUUCUGGAUAGUGACUUGAGGCAAGCACUAGAGAAGAUCAUCAUCCAGAAAGAAGUCAGCAAACUGUAAACUUUUUCGGAAACUCAACAAUGAAACACAGAAUCAACUAACCAAUGUGAACUGUUGUUUUCCGUUCUCACUAUGUGGCCAAACAAGGAAAGUUGGAUCUUGUAGAUCUGCAGGAAAGGUGGGUGAUGAACUCAGGUGAGCUGAUACUCUCCUAUACACCUACCAUUUCACAUCUUGUCUUGGCUGGAGAUAUUCAACUCCUGGUAAUUGUUAAAAAAACGCACUGGACACGUUUAGGUAAUUGUCAAAGACUAGUAUUCUCACUUUGUUUAUCUCAA